CCCCCCCCCCACCCCCCCAAAAAAGGAACAGAUGCUGGUAGGACACCGACGGCAGCAACGACAACCUGCGCGUGCCCUAUGCGCCCAAGACCGUGGAUGAGGGAUAAAACACACGCACAGAGAAAGACACGCGCGCGCACACAUACACGCAUACAACACGUAUGUAAUUAUUGUUGUUUGUGAACUCGGGCAGUUAUUGUGUCGCUCCUCGGCCGUCAUCUCCUUGUCGUGGAAUCUUUAUGGGAUGACAGGGCGCACAUCUCCGUCAUCUGCCAUUUGGAGGAAGAAGGUGUUCCUCAAACAGCAUUGACUGAACUGUCGGCAACUGCACUACUAAUAACCUCUAUUAUUUCUGAACUCUAUCUUGCAAUAUUGAUGCUUCAGAAAGUGUCAGAUGAUUUAAAUGAAGUAUUCAAGGCAGAUGUGCCAAAUCUGUAGAGCUGGGGACCAAUCUUAAAGCGAGAUUUGAGGCCAUUUAUAAAUUUAUAUAUAUAAACAAAUUGGAGUGGUUAUAUAGAUGAACGGCACUGCUGCAGUUGGCAGCACCCUGCAUCCCCCAUGCAUGUUUCACAGUGCCUGAAUACUCGCUCUCGUUCGGUUUCAAUGUGAGGACAUUAUGGCGAUGCUCUUGAGCUCACCGAGGUCAUUUUUUAAAUUAUGUCAUCACAUCAGCGGCCUGGGUGUUCUCGGGCUGCAUGUACCACAGCCCCUUGGAAGAUCAACAUGGCCUCCUGUGUAAGCCGCUCGUAUCGUUAGUCUGCGCUGCUGCACGGGCGACCUCAUGUGGCCAGUCAAGGUAAACUGAAAAAGGGUCUGCAUGCCUCUCAUUUCUAUUUUAAAACUGCAGAUUAUUUGAAAAAGGAAGAAAAAAAACAUACGUGUGCACUGGAUACAUUUAUAACCACGUUUGUUGGUUCAAUAGGUAAACUAUGCGUCCUUUAUGUAGUUUCAUGUCUUAUUAACUAUAGAAAUGGCUGUAUUUGUUUAGUUUUUUAUGUAAUUUUGGGCCAGUCCCUUGAUACUUCAACGUAAAGCCGCACGCUUUGGUACAUGCUUACACCUCCACGCAUGUGUUUUCUGCGGGACUGUUGCAGAGGGUCAGUUUGUGCUCAACUGCAGAACAAUCUUCCCUCCACUUUACAGCCCUCCCUCCAGUUUGUCUGUGGUAGACCACAUUUAAAAUGUAACCCCACCUGAAAACUUGCACAGACCAAUCGGCUGGAGAAAUGUCAGAGCAGACGGCACUCCCUCCUUUGUCCAAAACCAAUCAGAGUGGAAGUGUGGCAUUUUGCCCGAGGGGAAAUCUUACCCCUGGAUGCGUUAAUUACGCAUCACUUAGCUGUUGCCAAUGUGUUCACAACGGUGGACCCUCUUUUGGGCUUUUUACAACGACUGUUUUCAUUUUUCGGUCAAUCUAGUAUGGAAAGUAGACAACAAUGGCUUACCAGGCUGAAAAAUGAACUUAGCAACAGUCCUCUGGUGUCAAAUGUGGCGUUUGGCUUUAUCCUCAUGGGACUAGAGAAGCUGGUGGAGCUGGAGUUUGAGUGUCCUUGCAACCCUACAUGGAACGGAGUGUUUUCAUCAGCAUUCUUCAUCAUUCCUGCUGUCAUGGCCUUCACCUUGAUGCUGAUCAUUCAAGGAUGCAGAUGUGAUACGUGGUGCCGGAAAACUGUUUCCCUCUCCAGUUUUGUUCCCGCAAUCGUGUGGCUGAUUUUGUUGUUCCUCGAUGGCCAAUAUUUCGCUUGUGCUAUGACGGACUGGGAGGGUAGAUUUGUAAUAGUUGACAAGGCAGCUCCGCAGAAGUGGUGUGAGCCAAUUAGUGAGGGAGAUGUCACCCCACAAGAACUAAUGCUCCGCUCGCAGCAGCUUUUUGUUUUUUCUCAGGUUAUAGGCAUAGUCCUCCUCAUUUUCAUCUGUGUGGGUCUCGUAGUGUAUGUAAUCAGAGAAAGCUGCCAACAAGAGGUGGACAUGCAGGAUGCAGAUGUAGCUGAGCUCACUGUGCUCAGGAUGAGCUCUCUACGGACCAGGACGUCGUGAGAAGACUUACACUGCCCACCUCACCUACCCUGCCGGCACAGACAUUUUGUAAAUACCGUGAACGGACUUCAUUAUGAUAUUCACUGCGUGAAUAUCGAUAUAAUUGAAAACAGUGAUUAUUUUGUUUUCUCUGUAUUGCCAGCUAAUGUGUACCAGUAGCUGUGCUGGUGCUCGUCUGAUACACCAGGAGUUAUUGGUUUGACCUGUCUGUGAAACAAUAGUUACACUUAGUCGCUUUUUGCUGAGAACUAGAUGAUAAAGAAUUGAUGCCAAUCUCAUGUCCAGUAAUUAUGAAACCAUACAGCCAGCAGUCGGUUAGCUUAGCAUAGCCUGAAGACUGGAAUUAGGGGGGAUUCAUCCAGUCUGAGUAUUUCAAAAGGCAAAUAAAAUCCCCUUCCAGCACCUCUUAAAGGCAGUAACUCACCCCAUUUGUUUGAUCCACACCAAACCUAUUUGAUCAUUCUGUUCUACGGGUGGUUAUGUGCAGUCACAAGGCAACCGGCAGAGACUUCUAAAAGUUUCUGUGGCUGGCCAAGAAAAAAAGCUGCGUCUCACUUCCUUCAAAGGCUGCACUUGAAGAUUGUCUACAUCACAGUGUCACAGCAAGGCUCUCUCAUCAUUCCUGUGUUUUCUGCAACAAAGAAUUAUACAGCUGGGUCCUUACUUUGCACGCCAGUAAUGAAUCAAUAUGGAAUCACUUUAAAGGCACAAGUAUAACAACAGCUGAGAAUAAAUAGGAAAUCCUCCGUAAACUAGAAUGUUCGCCCAUCACAGUCUAUGAUGGGAGAAUGUCUUCCCAAAGAUGCAACCCCUGAACUGGGACAGCUUUUUCCAGUCUUUAUGUUAAGUUAAGCUAACUGACCGUGGAUUCCAGCUUCAUAUUUGGUGUAUAGAUAUAACAGUGGUAUUGAUCUCAUCUCACAGGGCAAGAAAGACAAUAAGUGCGUUACCCAAAAUGUCUAUCUAUUACUUUAAAGUGAUAUUUCACUUUGUCACGUCAGGAGUUUUUAGACAUGAAUUGUCAGCCAGCAGCUCUGAGAUACUCAGUCAGAACUGCUCUAAGUCUCUCUGUGCCUUUUAUAUUGGCUAUAUUAAGACGUGGAAUCCAACAGGCAGCUUAUAUUGAUUUGACUACUAUUAGUUGACUUGAACUGUUGUUUGAGGUAUGUGGGUUUCCAAAAUGAAAUUAUCUCCAGACGUAUGUAGUCAUCAAGUCUAAACCUACCAACCAGUGAUGUUUCUGACUGAACUGAUACUCCUAAUGACGUACCUGUCUGAUCGCUACAGAUGUAAAACCAUGUGUAUGAUGUUUUCUAUCAUGGCUGCAACUAGCCGGAAGUAGGAUGUAGACACAAAAUCUGUACAAAUGUUGUUUUUUUAAUUAUUGUUUUGUAAUAAAAUUAUUUAUUUAUUGAAGUAAAAAA